CUUCAAUGUCUUCUGUCUCCGUCUCUCAUACCUUUCGAACAAUCCUCAAAACCUCUCGACCUCCGCCGAUUGUAGCUUCUCGUUCUCUCUUUGCUUCGCUCUAGGGUUUCUAUUAGUCUUUGCUUCAAGGAUGGGAAAGGCAAAGAAGCCUCAGAAGUUUGCUGUUAUGAAGAAAACGAUAAGCCACAAAGCUCUCAAGCACUACAAGGAGGAGGUUCUGAAUCCAAACAAGAAGGACCUCACUGAACUUCCCAGAAACGUACCAAAUGUUCCAUCAGGGAUGUUCUUUUCUCACAACACUAACAUGGUUCCUCCUUACCGAGUUUUGGUCGAUACUAACUUCAUCAACUUCUCUAUCCAGAACAAGAUUGAUAUUGAGCAAGGAAUGAUGUUCUGUCUUAACGCAAAAUGCACACCUUGUAUCACUGACUGCGUCAUGGCUGAGCUUGAGAAGUUAGGCCAGAAGUAUCGUGUCGCUCUAAGGAUUGCGAAAGAUCCUCGCUUUGAAAGACUACCUUGUGUACACAAAGGGACAUAUGCUGAUGACUGUCUCGUUGACAGAGUUACUCAGCAUAAGUGCUUCAUGGUGGCUACUUGUGAUCGAGACUUGAAGCGAAGGAUUCGAAAGGUUCCUGGUGUGCCUAUUAUGUAUUUGGCGGGGCGCAAGUACUCAGUAGAGAGGCUGCCUGAAGCAACACUUGGUAGAGCUCCAAGAUAUUGAUAUUUGAACCUCAACCCGUAUGUACUCUGAGAAGCUCUGAAGCAAUUUGGUUUGAAGCUGAGUCAAAUGUUGUGAUGUGUUGAGCGAUUUUGGUUUACUGUUUGAAUAGAAAUAUUUAUAGUGCCUUUACCCUUUUUAAAAACUUUUGUUAAUCAAGGACCAUAAUCAUGUCUUGAUUGACUUUAUACAUUGAUCUGGGAGCUACGAUAAUUUACA